CUCGCCACGCUGCUCUUCCUCGGCCACCCCAGCGUCUUCUCCGAGCGCUGCACGGACGAGCGGAGCCGGCGGAUCCUGGCCAGGCUGUGUCUCGACUACAGCAAAGGAGCCUUGACUGGUGACCUGUGUGAAGACUUGUGUAUAGCACAGAAGCUGGUGUACAAGCACUGUCUUUAUUAUGACAGAGGUAAGAAAGUGAUCCAAGCUGAGUGGAGAGGUCAGCCAGUCAUCCUAAAAUCCAAAAAGGAAAUUUUCUCCAGUUAUCAGCGCCUCACUUUGCUAGAGGAAAUGGAAGCACAGGAUGUUCCUGAAGCAGAGCUUUUGCUCAUGGUUGCCUUGGAGGUCAAAAAUGUCUUGGGUCUGGAAUUUUCCAACAGCAGCAUAGGACCUUUGUGGACUAAAAGGAGAGGGCUGCAUUGGAAAGCACAAAUGGCUAGCAUGUGGUCCUUGCUUCAGCAGGAAGAAUAUAUCUAUUUCAGUCUACUGCAAGACUUCAGUAAACAUGUCCUACGGGUCCUUGGCUCCUGUGGCCAUUUCUAUGCAGUGGAGUAUCUCACUGCUGGACAUGCCUGGCACAAAACACUUUUCCCUUUGGAGGAUGCAGUUGGCCCCUCCUUCAGUGGCACUAAAAGCAAAGUGAAAGCAAUCAUUGACAUUGCACUCAGUUUCCUGGAUAUGGUUCAUCAUUUUGAUAAUGACUUUUCUCACCGGCUUCACCUGUGUGAUAUCAAACCAGAAAACUUUGCUAUCAGAAACGAUCUCACGGUAGUUGCGAUUGAUGUGGAUAUGGCCUUUUUUGAACCUAAAAUGAGGGACAUUCUUGAACAGAACUGCACAGGAGAUGAAGACUGCAAUUUUUUUGAUUGCUUUUCAAAGUGUGACUUGAAAAUCAGGAAGUGUGGAGCACAGAGGGCCAACAACAACCUGCAGGUCAUUUGUGACAAAAUAUUCCGUCACUGGUUUUCUUCGAAUCUCAGGGGACCCGCAGUUCCCUUCCCCUUCCAGUUGCAGUUGCAGAAGGCUGUGCACAGGUGUGCUGAUCCAGGGUCCAAGGAUUUUGCUCCAUACCAGAGAACUUCUCUGAACUCCCUCUCUGAGUUGUACCAACUGCUCCUAGCCAGUCAAAAAGAACUGCGAAUGGCGGAUGGGUAGCCCCAUCACAAGCACAGUAAAUUGAAGCUGUAUGAAAAAUGGCCUGCAUUUUCUCUCUCUCCCCCACCUUCUCUAACCUUUUGUAUUAAUUUUUACAGAAUAUAGAUUGUUCUUCUGCUAUGCAAAUGAAAGUCACAACUGCAGAUGCAGCAAAUACUACGAAUACCCUUUGAAGUGUGAAAUUGUUUUAUGUUACAUGGCAAUGUACAGUAUAUGUGGACUUUAUUCUCAUUUGUUUUUCUGAGUGCAUAUUGGCUCAGCCCAUUGACAUUCUGCACUGUUGUUUGCACAACAAAUUGUAACUCCUGCUCAAAUAACAUCUGUCUGAAUGCUGGGCCAAGAGUGAUAAUACAUUUAGACACAGAUGCCGCUUUGAAGGUGAGAAGUGUAAUUGCUUAGCAGAACUAAAAUGAAUAAGUUAAAAUAGG